AUGGUACACCAAACCGAGUGUGCGAAGAUGCCUAGAUUGAAACGACAGCUCUCAUUUGAGUCCAACUUUCUCGCAGCUAUCGAGGACCAGACUGACGGUCAUGGCUUGAACAUAGGCUGCUGUAUGCAUACUAGGGCAGCUGUUGGUUCUCAUGGAAGGGUAUCUCGUGAGGAGUUCGCCAAGCUGUGGAAGGAGCGUGUCACUGACCGCUAUCCUCGAUAUCGUUCCCGUAUCUACAGCAGUCCUUCGCUCUUGGGCUUGGAUGUACACUACAAUGUGGAGGAUCUCGGCGAGGACUUUGAUGUCCUUUCAAUCGUCGAUGAAGUUAAGGCUGAUGACGUCCUCAGGGAGCGUCCUCAGAGUAUGAGUGCGGUUGAGACGGUCGUCGAGAGGAUCAUGACGACGCCUUUUGAUGAGCAUCUGCCUCCCAUCAAGUUCGUCUUGGUGCAAGGAGAGGACGGGAAUACUACUAUAGUCAGCAAGCUACACCAUGCCUUAGCUGAUGGCUUCUCGAGUAUUAUGGCUCUAUUGGAGCUCACUGAUCCAAUGCCCGAUACGCAAUUGAGGGGGUCGGCGAACGGUGUUGGUGAUGGGUCGUCGAGGCUGUCUGAGGAUGAUGUGAAUUCGAAGACUUCAAGGCUUGCAUCCGGACUAUGCAUCUUGUGGCAGUGGCUGAAGCUCAUCCCAUGGGCAAUUUAUAUGCUUCUGGUAUUUUCCGUUCUACCCGAUUCUUAUACGAGUUUGCAUCCAACAUUCUCGAGACGUGGACGUUUGGAAGUUCGUUUCGGGAAGGAAGUGUCUGUGGAAGAUCUGAAGGUUGUCUCUCGAGCGACCGGGGCUAAAAUCAAUGACGUGAUUCUGGCCUUGCUGGCGGGCGCGGCUCGACGAUAUUUGCUUGCUGAGGCGGUGAAGAACGGGAAAGAGAUUGGCGAUCCCGCAUCGUUGCGUAUGGGCUUCCAGUUUACGGCUAAUAUGAGGUCUAUGAAUGAUAAACCAAGGAUUGGGGGUGGGGGGAACGAAUCUUGGGUCUUUUCGGUGCCGUUGUCCUUGCACGCAGACGUUCGCGAGAGGAUACGAGAUGCUCAGCUGCAGACCGGCCGGCUCAAGUCUUCUCCCGCCUUCCUUUUUGGUAGAGUAUUCAUACGUUUCUGUGGGCUUUUCAUGAACUUGCCGUUAUUUCGUCCACUUCUCAUUCAAUCGAUUUGCGGCGGGCGUUAUUUACUGGGGAAAACCCUCACAGUGACCAACGUCCGAGGUCCCCGGAAUGUCCGUUCAGUGUGUGGAAGGGAAAUCGUUGGGUUGCAGUGUUACGUCAGCUAUCCACAAACGUUUACUGUUGUCACCUAUAACGGACGGAUGAGCACCACUAUUUGCACUGAUGAAGCCACAGUUGAUGCCGAGGUGAGUCUUAGAGCAUCUAGCCAUUGUAGUUAA